AUGGAAAAGCUGUGGUUGUCGAAGGAGGAUACAUUGGAGUUUAGUGCAGUUUUGAAACUCAAUAAUGUUGAUGUUACCAUGGUCUACCCAGAACCUUGGUGUAUGCCAAGACUUUUUACUUCUGAAAUUGCUUCUUUCUAUGAGGGAUAUUAUGCCAAUAAAGGUAUCAAUAUCAUUAAAGGGACAGUUGCUAUUGGAUUCACUUCCAACUCCGAUGGAGAGGUAAAAGAAGUCAAACUGAAGGAUGGUAGGGUCCUGGAAGCAGAUAUUGUUGUUGUUGGUGUUGCAGGAAGGCCUCUAAUAUCCUUAUUCAAAGGGCAGGUUGAUGAGCAGAAUGGUGGAAUCAAGACUGAUUCCUUCUUCAAAACAAGUGUUCUUGAUGUAUAUGUCGUUGGUGAUGUUGCUACCUUCCCUUUGAAAUUAUACAAUGACGUGAGAAGAGUUGAACACGUUGAUCAUGUUCGUAAAUCAGCUGAGCAGGCUGCAAAGGCCAUCAUUGCAGCAGAUGCAGGAAAAUCAGUUGAAGAGUAUGAUUACCUUCCAUACUUCUAUUCCCGUUCUUAUGGAACACAUUGCAUACUAUUUCAUCCACCAUCUCUAUCUUUCUCUGCUUUUCUUAGGGUAUGA